AUGGAGCAAGCCCCACAGAACGCCGGACAGCAGCAGGGUAGACAGCAGCCAGUAUAUGAUACUAGAAAUGGCGGUCACUAUGGUGCCAGCGCAGCACUUUCUGCACAAGGCUACGCCCCUGUAGCUGAGCUUUACACGGGUACCUGGGCAAAUGUCAACCAAGGCCUACAAGGGACGGCCCGCGAUAUUUUGACGACAUAUUGGCAGCACAUCAUCAAUCACCUUGAAUCCGACAACCAUGACUAUAAAAUCCACCAACUGCCGCUAGCCCGCAUAAAGAAAGUCAUGAAAGCCGACCCUGAAGUGAAAAUGAUAUCUGCAGAGGCGCCAAUUCUUUUUGCCAAAGGUUGUGACAUUUUCAUCACAGAGCUGACCAUGCGCGCGUGGAUACACGCUGAGGACAACAAGAGACGCACCCUUCAGAGAUCGGACAUUGCAGCAGCAUUGUCGAAAUCCGAUAUGUUUGAUUUUCUUAUUGAUAUUGUGCCCCGGGAAGAGGCCACGUCACAUGCGAAGCGAACCAGUCAGACAGCGGGAGCUCCCGCUGGCUCUGCUGGAUCUGCAGGUGCAAGCCAGCUGCCACCUCAACAUGGAGUCCAGCAUCCCUCUCAUCACAUGGCUCCUCCGGAGUACAGUCUGGGCCAACAUGGUCUUCAGGACCAAGAAUAUCGGCAGCCGACCAUGUACGCGGGUGCUGUGCAAUCAGAUCCGACUGGCGCUUAUGGGCAACCGCAGUCUCAGAUGUUUGAAGGGAUGUACGCCGCCUAUCCCCACAUGCCACCACAGCAGUGA